CCUUCAUAUCAACGAGUUUCGCUAACGAGUAACGGGUGCGCGCACUCGCUUGUAUCGCACACACAUCUACGUUUUCCAACUUUUCCUCACGCGUACUCCGACGACUAUCGAUUCAACGUUGAGACAAUUUCAUUCAUUAAUUUGCUCACAUCCAAUCAUCUUUUUCUCCCUCUUCUCUCUAUCGAUCCACAAACCUAAGGUUACGAUUCAGCUCACGCUAAUUCAAUCAGUAUCAAAUCAGUUGAUUUUAUAGGGUUUCGUAUUCCUAUAUCGAGGAUUUGCAUAUAUGCGAAUAUGUAUAGCAAUUUCAAAGAACAAGCGAUCGAGUUCGUGAAGCAAGCUGUGCACGAAGACAAUGCUGGGAAUUACGCCAAGGCCUUUCCCUUGUACAUGAACGCUUUGGAGUAUUUCAAGACCCAUUUGAAGUACGAGAAAAACCCUAAGAUCAAGGAGGCCAUCACCCAGAAAUUCACCGAGUACUUGCGUCGUGCGGAGGAGAUCAGGGCUGUUUUGGACGACGGUGGGUCGGGGCCGGCGGCGAACGGCGAUGCGGCGGUCGCGAUGAGGCCCAAGACGAAGCCCAAGGACGGCGAUGGUGGUGGGGAUGGGGAGGAUCCGGAGCAAUCGAAGCUGAGGGCGGGGCUUAACUCCGCGAUUAUCAGGGAGAAGCCGAAUGUGAAGUGGAAUGAUGUGGCGGGUCUUGAGAGCGCAAAGCAAGCGUUGCAGGAGGCAGUUAUACUGCCGGUGAAAUUCCCACAGUUCUUCACUGGCAAGAGGAGGCCAUGGAGGGCUUUCCUUCUAUAUGGCCCACCUGGAACAGGGAAGUCAUAUUUAGCCAAGGCUGUUGCAACUGAAGCUGACUCUACAUUUUUCAGUAUUUCUUCUUCUGACCUGGUUUCAAAGUGGAUGGGUGAAAGUGAAAAGCUAGUUUCAAACCUUUUCCAAAUGGCUCGUGAAAGUGCUCCCUCCAUUAUAUUUGUUGAUGAAAUAGAUUCCUUAUGUGGCCAGCGUGGAGAAGGCAAUGAGAGUGAAGCUUCCAGGCGGAUUAAAACAGAACUUCUUGUGCAGAUGCAGGGUGUAGGACAUAAUGAUGAGAAAGUUCUUGUUCUGGCAGCAACAAACACUCCUUAUGCUCUGGAUCAGGCCAUCAGGCGACGAUUUGACAAGCGUAUAUACAUUCCUCUUCCAGAUUUGAAGGCUCGCCAGCACAUGUUCAAGGUGCAUUUAGGAGAUACACCCCACAACUUGACUGAGAGUGAUUUUGAAAACUUAGCUCACAAGACAGAGGGGUUUUCUGGUUCGGAUAUUGCUGUUUGUGUUAAGGAUGUCCUUUUUGAACCUGUUCGUAAAACCCAAGAUGCGAUGUUUUUCAUAAAGAAGGCUGAUGGUAUCUGGGUGCCAUGUGGACCAAAGCAACCUGGUGCUAUCCAGAUCACUAUGCAGGAUCUUGCUGCAGAGGGGCUCGCUUCAAAGAUUGUUCCACCUCCCAUCACAAAAACAGAUUUUGACAAGGUACUUGCAAGGCAGAGGCCAACUGUAAGCAAAUCUGAUCUUGAGGUUCAUACGAGAUUCACAAAAGAGUUCGGGGAGGAAGGUUGAUGAAAUGGAUGCAGUGGCUGAAAAUACUUGGUGAACCUGUGUAAUUUGUAUCUAGGAUGUUGCUGCUGGAUUCAAUGAAAUAUACCAUCUUUUGAAGAUGCUUCAAUUGGUGAAGGUGACAUGACAUGGCAUUUUAUUCGGUAUUGAGAGGCAAGUGGUGCUUAAUACUCCUCAAUUUGCUUGUUUAUUUAUGUAAAGUAGAGACUUAAGAACAUUGCUCCGGAAUGUUGUUGAACGCAAUGUGCACAUGUUCAGUGCCUGCACUUGUCAGACCAACAUUUUAAUAGAUUUGUGUGGUAACAAGCUUUGCCAACUAUACAUAUUGAUGGGUAAUAAUGAUUUUCUUUGCUUUAUUCAA